AUGCAACCUACCAUUGAAUACUUGGAAUUGUCAAUUAUUUCUGGCACAUUAGCAGAAGAAAUUCAACCACAUGCUCCACUUCUUGUGUAUAACCUUGUAAAAGCUCAAUACAAAAAUGUCUUAACCUCAAGUGUGGCUCGAGAAUUUUUUGGAACAAACCUAAAUCUAGAGACCAAAGCUGUCCAGCCUUCGCUCAAACAACUUGGAGAAACUUUCAAUGUAGCCGCUUAUAUUUCAUACAGACUUGAACUUUACUUCAACGAAUCUUCUGAAAUCUCGAAAGAUCCAUUAUAUAAACAGCUUGCUGUAUUAUGCCUCGCAGCUAGUUGUCUAAACGCUUUCGUACAGAAUUCUUGGACUGGUCCAGCUUUUGAUUUGGAACCACAAAAAGUAUUACCCGAGUCUGUUAGAGAACAUUCUAAUGAAUUUAACAAGAAGGCAUUGGAAUUAUUAUCGACGGACGGCGAGGAAGCUUACCACUUAACGUCUUAUGCAGUCUACCUGUUGAUUGCACGUACCAUUCUUGUAGAUAAUGCAGCUUAUUUGUCAGGUCUAAAAAGUACACCUUGGUGGAGUCAAAGAGUAUUAUUCAUCCAGCAGCGAAUUCUUGAUAAUAUUGUUGGCUCAUUACAUGAUUCUAUGCUCAAAUCUCUAGAGUUUCUCGGUAAUGUUCUUCCCCAAUUUUCUGAAGAGAAUUCAUUGAUACACGCUCGGUAUCAUAUGGAAUACGGUCUAUUUCAUCAUUAUUAUGGACAAGAUACUCUCGCAGUGAAUCAUUUCGUCAAAGCACAAAAAUCUAGUGGUUUAAAAUGGAAAGUCACCGGUGAAUUGGGCCGACGUACAAGAUUCCAAACAUUUGAUGUUUCACAGCUUUUAAUUAUCGCGAGCAGCGCGAAUAAACCUGGAGAAACUGUAACUAGUUCAAGUAAUAAAGCACCUGAAAAUGUUCUACUAAAUGAUGAUACAUUAUUGGAGAAUAUUCAAUUUAGUAAAGAUGAUGAUGUCAACGAGAAAGGAGAAGAAAAUGAAGCAGAUUCCGAAAAAGAUCCUCAAAAUAAUCUUAAAAUCAUCGAUCAAUGCAUACUUUUAGCCUUUUGCCUGAAUGUCAAAAAUACUAAUCCUUCUCACGGUAUAACUACUGAACAAAUGGUUCCUUAUGUAUCUCGUGUUCUUGAAAAUCCAAACAACUGGAUGGUGCAUACAAUGGGAUUACUGUUAAGGUCAAGGCUCGAAAAGGACAAAUCACGUACAGUAGAACGUUCAAUUCUCCAACUGCAAGCUUUGGUAGAGCAAUUUCCACUUGAAUUAUCCAGUGCUCAAGAACGUAUUGAAUAUUUCUAUCAAAUACUUUUGCCCUCGAAAUGGGAUAUGGAAAAAGAGCUAGCAGAGCGAUUUAUGUCUCUUGGAGUGAUUCGUUCUGCAUUACAAAUAUUUGAAAGAUUAGAGAUGUGGGAAGAAAUUAUUAAUUGUUAUGUAAUUCUGGAAAAAGAAAAUAAAGCCAAAGAGAUAAUUCAUGAAAGAUUAAAUAUAACACCAAAUUCGUCUAAAUUAUACUGUAUUUUGGGUGAUAUUGAAAAAGAUCCGAAACAUUGGGAGCAUGCUUGGGAAAUAUCCGGGAAUCGAUAUGCUCGUGCAAUGAGAUCGUUAGGUGGAUAUUGGUAUAAACAACAACAAUACCAAAAGUCAAUAGAAUGCUAUGCUAAAGCACUCAAAAUUAAUACGCUUUUCGAAAAUUCUUGGUUUAUGCAAGGAUGUGCUGCAAUGCAUAUUAGUGACUGGGAUAUUGCUAUACAAGCAUUUAUGCGAGUAAUCAGCAUUGAUCCAGAAAAUUCAGAGGCAUGGAAUAAUCUCGCAUCAAAUUUUAUAAAGCAAGGUCGAAAGGUCGACGCUUUUAAUGCUUUUCAACAAGCUCUGAAACAAAAUUACGAUAGUUGGAAGAUUUGGACCAAUUACAUGUACACGGCGAUAGAUAUCGGUGAAUUUUCAGAAGCGAUACGCGCAAUGCAACGUAUAGUGGAUUUACGUUGGGAAAAAGAAAAAGAAAAAUGCGUUGAUCUUGAGGUUCUCGAAAUAAUUAUAAACUCGGUGACACGUAAACUCGAUAACAAUGAUCAAAAGAAUUUAUCCAGGCUUGCACCCAAAGUUGAGCGAUUACUAACUGAGACGAUAACUUCACGAUUAACAACUAAUCCAAAGAUAUGGCAUAUUUGUGCAGAUUUUUGGUUUUGGCAGAAACAAUAUGAUCGCUGUUUGGAGGCUCAUUUAAAAGCUUAUCGAUGUGUGUUACAUGAUCCACGAUUAGAUACUUCCUUAGAGGUGUUUAAUCAAGUGGCUGCUGCGGCCCUAAGUGUUGUUGAGACAUAUCAGAAUUUAGGAGACUUGGAAAUUGCUAUAAAAGUGGAAACUAAGAGUAACAUGACGAAUGAUACAUCUAUUGAUGAAAUUGAAAACGUUGUGUGCAAAGAUUGGCGAUAUCAGGCAAAAACCUUAUUGAGAACAUUAAUUGGAAGAACAAAAGAUUCUUUCGAGGGUAGCAAAAUGCAUGAUCAGUUGAAAGCAACUUUGAAAGAAUUGAGCUCAUAA